CUGAAAUGUACAACAGGGUGCGUGCGCCCCAGCCAGCCUUGAGCUAAGUAGUGGAACUAUUGUAACACCGACAAAAAAAAGGGGAAAAGAUAAUAUUCAGUCUAUCGCACUGAAUAAGGACAAUUGGAUAAGGCAUUGGAUGGUUUCCGUUAUUUCUUUAAGGACCGAGCAAUGGAUUCACAUGGUUUUACUGAAAUCUGGGUGUAAGAUUAGCAGGUGCUUUCUAUAGGUAUUCUGACGCGUUGGACAUGGGACCCUGUUGUGGGAUUGAGGGAUAUUAUACGGGAGGAACUCUAUCUCCCUGAAGGAAAGCUGGCUUUGUCGGUGACCGGAGCAGAGGGAACCGCGCGCUGAAAUGAUGCGUUCCAAACACGGCUUCAUCUUGCUGCUUCUGAAUGGGACAGCUUGCUUGCUGGCUCUGGGACAGGAAGACCAGUCCACAAGCCACAAAGGUGACUCUAGUGAGCAGCCGAAGUCAGUGGGUGUCCUUGAUGGGCAGGGCCUUUCUCCCCUGGGCCGCUGGAUGCUGCACACCAAGAGUCGGGCGGCCAACACCACAGGGCUGGAGCUGCCUUACCGCCCCCCAGUGCCCCUGUCCAAGCAGGACUUCUGGGAGAUGCUGGGCAGUGACCUGCGGCCGGACGGCAGCGCCUCCCGGGCCAAGCGACACCCCAUCGUCAAGACGGGCAAGUUCAAGAAGAUGUUCGGCUGGGGCGACUUCUACUCCAACAUCAAGACGGUGCGUCUCAACCUGCUGAUCACCGGCAAGAUCGUGGACCACGGCAACGGCACCUUCAGCGUCUACUUCCGCCACAACUCCACGGGCCAGGGCAACAUCUCCGUCAGCCUGGUGCCACCCGUCAAGGCGGUGGAGUUCGACCUGGAGCGCCAGAGCGUGGUCUACCCCAAGGACUCCAAGAUCUUCAACUGCCGGGUGGACUACGAGAAGGUGGACCGCAACAAGAAGACCUCGCUCUGCAACUACGACCCGUCCAAGACCUGCUUCCAGGAGCAGACACAAAGCCACGUCUCCUGGAUCUGCUCCAAGCCCUUCAAGGUCAUCUGCAUCUACAUCUCCUUCUACAGCACGGACUACCGCCUGGUCCAGAAGGUCUGCCCUGACUACAACUACCACAACGAGAUGCCCUACCUGCCCUCAGGGUAGAGGUAGAGAGGGGGCAAGGAGGGGUGGGAGUACUGGGGAGAGGCACAGACACCAGCCUGGGAGUGGGAUCACUAAGAAUGAUUUCCUGCACAGUCAUUUCAGUCAACCCACGACUAAAUAUUUCUUCAUCAAAUGAUAGUAAACCUCCUCUCAGUAAUCAACCUACCUACCAGUAUCAAAUUAUUCUUUCUAUCAACAUAUUACUCAUAAACAUCAUACAUUAUUUUCGCUUGGAAAUUCUGCACCCAGGCAUUUUUAGGAAGUGUUUACUUGCAAUUUCAGUAUUUAGCCCAAAUGAUGUAUACACUAUUACAUUAUGCAUUCACACUUCUUGGCACAAACAUUCAUUAACAUAAAUACAAAUCAUUGACUUUUAACAAUCAAAAUAUUGUGCCCCAUAUCUUAAACUUACUGCCCACCUCUACAUUCCUGGUCAUUAUACCUGCAAGUUGAACUCCUUUUAUUUUCCUGUUCAUGUGGUUAUAAUACUAGAACACUAGAGUCAAUUUUGAAAA